AGACGGAGCUCGGUGGUGGCUAUAGUGAAACCAGUGUAGUUCUGUCACCAGCGAUUUGAUGCUCGAAAAUGUGUCCCUCUGUAGCUAACCUUGAUUGCGUUUGUAACAUGCGGCGCAACACUGUCGAAUAAAUGAUGUCACGUUUGAUAUUUAGCUAGCACAGUUACGGAUAUUCGCUAUCAUUCUGCUCUAUAAGCGAUUGCUUGAUAGACAUACCUCUGAAACAGCCCAUAUUAUCAUUAGCUAUCUUAAUAAGAUGAUGAAAGAGAACCUCUAUUGUCGUUAAGUCUGACUGCAGUUUAUACCGAAUUUUGAUACAUACAUCAGCUAGAUUAGUCUUAUAGUUACUUGUCUUGGUCAUUUAGAUUGAAGAUGAUUUUCGGAAGGUGUUAUUGGCUUAGCUAACGGUAAUGUUAGCUUUUUUUUCUUGGUGGCUAACCAGCCCGCUAGAUAUCUUGGAAACUUAAUGGGGAUGGAUGGGUACCUAGCUACUACGUUCAUAAACUGCUAACGUUAUCCAUCUAUCUUGGUUGGCUAGCCAACGUUAAUCUAGCAAGUUAGCUAUCGAGUCAAUUGUGGACCGUUAUAUCCCUAAAAUGGCCAGCAAGAUAACCGUAACACUCAAGCAGUCAAUACGAACAUUUGAGAGAUCGAAUUCGAUCUGAUCAUAGUUCUAAGUAUUGCUUUGAGGUGGCCAAAACAGUGAAUUGGAUGGCACUUGCUGGCGAAUAAAUCCGAAUGGAUGCCCUGCGCCUCCAGAAUAGCUAGCGCGAGGUUGCUAGCUAUAUUAGCUUGUUGAGAAUCUCUUUUUUCCUUCGAGUGGAAAGCACAUUAUUUGGUGGCACGUUUAUAAUCAUUUCGCAGAUUGUAUUGUUACUUGUUUAUACAUAUAAUUUGUCAGUCAAAAUGGGCGCAAUCACAGUAAUAUUUUUCCAAGGCAUCAUUCUCACGAGUGGCCUGCGCAUCAUGGAUUAAAAAUGCGGGGCUCUGAAGGACGUGGUUUUUUAUUCCUUUCAGAAGACCGCUGAAUGUUUCGUAACAAACCCAACUAUUGUCUCAAAAAAAUACUUUCUCCAGGCCAUCACUGCGCAAAAGGCAGGAAACAGCAGGAUGGCAUCCCUCCUUGACGAAGCCGGCAAACUGGGCUGGAUUCUGUUCAAGGCGUUACUACGUUUCGUCUUCAUGUUUUUAAAUAACAUUUUUGCUAUCCCUUCCUAUUGCCUCUACUUAAUUCUGUUGCAACCUUUGAGAAUAAUGGACAGUCGUACUUUCUGGCACAUCGAAGGAGUAAUGUUCAAGUGGUUGUUAGCGAUGGUUUCCUGUUGGGGAUGGUCGGCUGGCUACACAGUGACAGAAUGGGGAGACGACGUGAAGCCCAUCUCGGAGGAAGAGGCCAUGGUCAUCGUCAACCACCAGUCCACCGGAGAUGUCUGCACCCUCAUGAUGUGCCUGCAGGACAAGGGGAUGGUGGUGCGGAAGAUGCUGUGGCUGAUGGACCACGUGUUCAAAUACACAAACUUCGGCGUGGUGUCCUUGAUCCAUGGAGAUUUCUUCAUCAGACAGGGCAAAGCGCACCGGGACAAGCAGCUGGUGUACCUGAAGGACCACCUGGACCAGAUUUACUACAGUCGUGAGAGGAAGUGGAUCGUGCUGUUUCCUGAGGGCGGCUUCCUGCGUAAGCGGCGGGAGACCAGCCAGGCCUUCGCCAAGAAGCACGAUCUGCCGCACCUGACGCACGUCACGCUGCCGCGCCUGGGCGCCACGCAGGUCAUCCUGAAGACACUAGGACCGCAGCAGGAGAACGGCACCCUGGAAGCCGGCGAUGCCACCACCACCAGACAGACAGCAGGCAGUAAAUCACGAGGCCUGCAGUGGGUGGUGGAUAUAACUAUAGGCUACCCCAAAGCCAGACCGAUGGACAUCCAGACGUGGAUCUUCGGCUACAGACAGCCCACGGUCACACAUGUGCACUACAGGAUCUUUCCCAUAAAGGAUGUUCCAUUGGAGACUGAGGCCCUGACAGACUGGCUGUACAAGAGGUUUGUGGAGAAGGAGGAGCUCCUGGCCCACUUCUAUGAGACAGGACGGUUCCCACCCCUCAAAGGUCAGACGGAAGCAGUGUCGCGCCCCAUGAUCGUCGACCCCGUGUGGCUGUGUGCCAUCCAGACGUGGGCCUUCGCCUCAGGCUACAUGUGGUACAGCCUCCUGCAGCACGCCUACUGCUGGUUCUUCUGAGGGAAGGGAAGGACGAGGGGAGGACGAGAGGAAAGGAGGACAACCGGAGAAGAGUAAAAGGACUGGGAACUAACUGACUGACUGACUGUCCAAACUGGUUCUGGAAAGUGUUUCCAGAUCCAAGCAGCCAUCCUCGGGGCUCUGCGAUGUUCUUCCCAGCCCCGCCAUGGAUGGAUGAAUGUACAUUACCCGUUAGCUGAAAAGCAGAAGGACUUCUGAAGGAUGUCAGGAUUUGUCUUUUAUUAUGUUGUUGUUUUUUUUUGUUGGUUUGUUUACUUGUUUUUUUGUUUGUUUUCUUUUUCUCCCCCAGUCCCAUCUACACAUGUAAUUGUGCAUACUGAUACAGACAAAAUACUAGCUGUAGCUGGAUGCGCAGACACAUCAAUACUAAGACUGGUGUAGAAAACAUGGUCUUGUUUACUCUAUCCCACACAGGAAGUAAAUGCGCUCAUUUAUUGUUUACAUGGUAACAAACACACACAUACAUGCGUGCGCACACAUCCUGCCGUUCAUACAGAUACAAGAACGGGGCUCAGGUUGGCAGCCAGAGGGUGUGUGUGCCGGAUUGGACUUACUCACUCUCUCUCUCCUCCCUGGUUGUUUGUUUGUAGGCUUCUUUUGAGUCCGCCCUUACCAGUCAUCUGUGUUCAAAACCUGCCACGUCCAACACUUUUCUCCAUCUCUCCUUCCGUCUGCGUGUGUGUGUGUGUGUGUGUGUGUGUGUGUGUGUGUGUGUGUGUGUGUGUGUGUGUGCCUGGAGAGCUGGUCCUUGGGCCAUGCGUACACGUCCUUCCUCAGUGCGCCCGGUGUGGUCGCAACUGGGGGGGGAUGAGACUCCCGGUCCGACCUCUUCCUCCAGCUUCGAUCACUCUCUCAUAGGAGCUGACCCUAGGGCGGACCAAGGCCUGAUCAGGGACCCAUCGUUUCCAGAGUCGGGUGCUUCCUGGGAUUGCACUAAGGACAAACAUUGCCCAGAACCCCCCCAGCCCUGCAUCUGUGGUUGUUCUGACAUGUUUUGUCUAUCUUUCUUUUUCUUUUUCUUUUUUUUUCUUAGUUUGUUUUAUUUCAGUCUCCCUUGAAUUAAUUGGAUGUGUCUACUGCUUUUGUUGUUGUUGUUGAUGUUUCUGGGUGUGUGUGUUUGUUUUCCUGAAUGUUUCUUUGUUUGUUUGUUUUGAUAGUAUCGUCUUGGAGUGAGCGUUGUUUGUCUACACUGGUUUUUUAUCUGGGUUUGGAGACGUCGUCUAGUUCUGGGGGCGUCUCAGUUUUCCCCCGAGACGUCCGGUUUGGAAUGAUAUGUCUGGACAGUGAGCGUCUAGAUAGGCUGGUCUCCACAGAGCUGAUGAAGGGACUCACUGAUGGCCUGUGGAGCUACGUCCCCCUAGCCCAACCCUGCCAGCACACACACACACACACAGACACACACACACACACACACACACACACACACAC